UGCUCUUCCUUGACCAACAUAUAUCCACCAUAAUAUAUCCGAUCAUCUUCUCCGAUCACUGGACAUGGGCAACUGCCAAGCCGUCGAUAACGCGAGCUUCGUCUUACAGACGCAAAGCGGCAGAGCCGAAAGGUUCUACGCACCCAUCACCGCUGCGGAGAUCAUGAAGCUCCACCCUGGUCACUACGUGGCACUCCUCCUUGCCACAACCUUCUACUCUUCCCCUCCUUCCUCCUCCUCCUCCGGCCACCACCAACCACCACCCAACAACAACCCUACAACCACCAAUCAAAAUCUUCGUGUUACUCGCAUUAAGCUUCUUCGACCCACUGACAAUCUUGUUCUUGGCCAUGCUUAUAGACUCAUCACCACCCAAGAAGUGAUGAAAGGAUUAAAUGCUAAAAAGAAUAGAAAAUUAAAUAAUUUUAAGAAUUUUCAACUACCAGAAUCCACAGGAAAAAGUGAAACAAAAUCAAAUUGUGAAACAAGAUCUAAUCAACUUGGGAAAAUCCACCACCAGAUGAGGAAAACAGAUAAACAUCGGGCUCCGACGAGCUCUAAAUCCUCCGGAAGCAAACCGAGAGGAUGGCAUCCGUCGUUAAACAGUAUCUCCGAAGCAACAAGCUAGUUUAAUUAGUUGUGUUCAUAUAUCGACGUUUUCUUGGUAGAUUUUUUUUGGAAGAAGAUGGAGAUUUGCACUUUGGGGGCAUGAUGAAUGAUGCAAUUUCUUGAAAGAAUGAGAUUUUGCUUUUCAUUUUCAAUAAUGAUCUUGUUCUGUACAAGAAAUGAUCUUUAAGUAGUUAAUAGACGGUCUGAUCAGUGAACCAGUAAAAACGAUAUAGUGUAAAUCUGUAAACAUUCAAACAUUGUUUAUUUUCCUUCAAGAGAUUGAGUACAUGCAAUCAACUCCUAAUUCCUACCUUUGUAAUUA